AUGGCCACAGAAGCGAUCAUUCAGGACUUCAUCGCGAAUAAAGUACCAGUGUUUCGAGUGGGAGAGGUGGAAUACGAGCGUUCCGUUGCGACGGCCAAUCUCCUGUACCGGUUCACUCGACCGGAUUGCGUUGUCCAACCAGAGGGUGCCGGCCAUGUUCAGUUCAUUGUCACACGGGCAAAAGCUCGGGAUGUGUCUCUCACUAUUAAGAAUGGCGGUCACUCUUACGCUGGAUUCUCCAGCACCGACACCGGAAUCUUGUUGGACUUGGUCCGGAUGAAGAAGGUGGAGAUCGAUCGGACAGCAAUGAUAGCCACCCUACAAGCGUAUGAUGGAGCGAUCAUCAACGGUGGACGCUGUCCCACUGUGGGUGUGAGCGGCUUCACCUUGGGGGGUGGUCUCGGCCCGUUCACCCGCCGUUUCGGCAUGGGAUGUGACACCCUGAAGGAGGCGACAAUUGUCACUGCGGACGGUAAAUUAGUGACGGUGAGAGACAGCGAUGACCCCAAGUCAGACAAGGGUAGGCUCUUCUGGGCGCUGUGCGGUGCCGGAGGCGGCAAUUUCGGAGUGGUGGUCGAGUUGAAGCUCAAGAUUCAAGAACAAAUUACCCUGGAUACCUCCUGGCUCCGCGAUCUAAAAGACACCUCAAGCGAACUGAGUGUUCGGGUUCUGUCCUAUUUCGAUGGUAGCAAGGACGACUUCGACGAUGUGAUUAACAGAUUUGUGGAGCAACCAGAACUCAAAAAGCAACUGAAACGACGAUCCAUGGCGGAACCAUCCACCCGCUUCCUCCAUGAGACUCUCGUGAGCCAGUGGUCUGAAGAAACCGUGAAGUCUUUCCCGACCAACCGUUCCUACCAGAUCUACACCUCAUUCGUGUUCAAGAACGACCGAAGCCGAAUGAAGGCUGUCACCGUGGCCAUCCGCAAAGAGAUGCAGGCCUUCCGCCGUCUAUUCAAGGGGGAACAGGGGCUGCUCCAAGUGACUUGGAUUCAUUCCGGCGGAGAGGCCAGUAGGAAAAAACGCUCCGCGACCGCGUUCCGCUGGCGUGAUUGCACCUACCACAUUUACAUCAUGUUACAGUGGGAGGAUAAAUGGCUGGAGCGCGAUAUGUGGGGUUUCCUUGGAGAGUUCAAAAAGCAACUGCAGCCCUACUCAAUGAUGGGACGGGCCGCAUUCAUAAAUUUUCCUGAUCGGACUCUCACCACCACCGCCCACGAGAAGGUCUACUAUGGAAACAAUCGCCAGGAGCUACAGCGAAUCAAGCGAAUCUGGGAUCCGGACAAUUUCUUCGAUUGGGGUCAAGGUAUUCAGUCUCCGACGUCUACCCGACAGAACGUGGAGUUUCAGUCCCGGAUCCUUCCCAUAUCGCUCAGCAGUGAGACGGCCGCUGCUGAUGAGGAGGAAGAGGGAGGGGAAGACGUUUCAUUACAUGAGAAAGAUCUGACCGAUAAGUUUGCUGGACCGCAGUGGAAGGACGUUGCCCUCCCUCCUCAAAACGCCGUUGGAGGGACUGGGGUUUUUGCCUUGACGGACUUGGGAUUCUAAGCUCCAUUCAUUCUGCCUUUGAGAAUUUGGAAAAAUGUGCAAA